GAUCUUGGUGCGGGUGUUACACCUGUUGUGUUGACAAGUGCCAUUGCGUUUGGUGUUGGUAUCGCUCAGUUGACAAUGGCCGUUCUCCGACUCGGCUUUCUGACAACAUAUAUGUCAGAUGCGCUCGUCUCUGGUUUCACAACUGGAUCUGCAUUUCACGUCUUCAUUGCACAACUGAAUAAAGUUAUCGGUGUUAAAUUACCACGUUACGAUGGAUUUGGCAUGCUUUUCCUCGUUUGUAAGGUUUUCUGCAAAUGA